AGGAGCGGUUAUCUUGGUUAAAGAAGAAGAAGAAGAAGAAGGAGGAGAAGAGUAAGUGGUGUCCACUGACCAGCAAGCAGGUAUAUUCCGUCUUCAAGAAUGCUCUCGUUGCCCAUCGCUUUCCAUCUCUGAUCUUUACCCUUCUUCGGAUUUCCCCAUUCGCGUUGUUUCUCAUCAUUCGAUUCGUCUCGCAUCGUGGGUCUUCCCCGCCCUGAUACUCCCGGACCGUUCUCCCCGAAGCAGAAAUCCCAGAAGAAAACAGAUUCUCUGAGGAGCGCGUUGUUGGGAAUGCGCUUAGCGAUCGAUUAACCAUCUCAUGGCUUACUAGUUGCUCUGUUGCUGGAAAUUCGUUUAAGCCGGGCUGAACUUUAUAUCUGGGAAUGGAGCGAUCGAUUGCUCUUGUUGCCUAUUUGUAGAGUUUGUGUGUGAAAAUAAUGGAUCGUCUUGAUGGUGCUGCACGCCUCAUGAUAGUAUCGGAUCUUGACUCUACCAUGGUUGAUCAUCUUGAUCCAGAGAAUCUCUCUCUUCUUAGGUUUAAUGCACUGUGGGAAGCUUUUUACCGUGAUAAUUCUCUUCUAGUCUACUCCACUGGAAGGUCACCAAAAAGUUACAAGCAGUUGAAAAUCAAGAAGCCCUUACUGACUCCUGAUGUCACGAUUAUGUCUGUGGGAACUGAAAUCAUGUAUGGUGAGUCAAUGGUACCGGAUGCUGAGUGGGAGUGUUAUCUGAAUCAGAAAUGGAAUCGCGAUGUAGUCACAGGAGAAACAGCAAAGUUUCCUGAACUUACUCCUCAGCCAGAAAUAGACCAACGGCCUCACAAGGUCAGCUUUUAUGUGAAGAAGGACGAAGCCAUGAAAGUGAUGAAAGAUCUUCCACAAUGUCUAGAGAAAUAUGGGCUAGAUGUGAAAAUAAUUUACAGCAGUGGAAUUGCUUUAGAUGUAUUGCCAAGACGUGCUGGGAAGGGACAGGCACUAGCUUAUUUGCUUAAGAAGUUCAAAGCUAAGGGACGUGUCCCUUCUAAUACUCUUGUUUGUGGUGACUCUGGAAAUGAUGCUGAGCUAUUCACUGUCCCUGCAGUACAUGGUGUGAUGGUCAGCAAUGCGCAGGAGGAAUUAUUAGAGUGGUACUCAGAAAAUGCAAAGAAUAACCAUCAAAUUACUCAUGCAACAGAGAGAUGUGCUGCUGGAAUCAUCCAAGCGAUUGGGACUUUUAGUCUCGGUCCAAAUGUUUCUCCAAGGGAUAUACGGGACUUUCUGAAAUGCACAAUAGAAAUGUGCAAUCCGUGUCAUGAAGUAGUGAAAUUUUAUCUGUUCUAUGAGAGAUGGCGACGUGGUGAAGUUGAGAGGUCCGACCAUUUUAUUGAUCAUUUAAGAUUACUCUUUAAUUCACUGGGUACUUUUGUACAUCCUUCUGGAAUAGAGAUUCCUUUCUCCCAGUGCAUAGAUGAGAUGGCCAACUCAUAUGGAGAUCAGCUGGGAAAGCAGUUUCGAUUAUGGGUUGAUAGAGUUUCUGUAGCUCAGAUAUGUUCAGACACGUGGCUGGUGAAAUUUGAUAAGUGUGAAUUAUGUGGUAAAGAUAGAGAAUGCCGUGUGACAACAGUCUUGCUCAGUUCAAGGCAUGCCGAACUUCCAGGUGGCUUUAUGUGGAUCUACAUGCAUCAGACUUGGUUGGACGGCUCGUUCUCAGGAGGGGAGGACCAAAGACCAUGGCUUUUCUGAACGCCCUCUUACAGAGCAGAUCCAUCAGUUCCUGGUGGAUUUAUGUGGAUCUACAUGCAUCAGACUUGGUUGGACGGCUCGUUCUCAGGAGGGGAGGACCAAAGACCAUGGCUUUUCUGAACACCCACUUACAGAGCAGAUCCAUCAAUUCAAGAUUGCUCAAUCUGACAAUGCCUGCUACUUUGUAAUAGAUUGGAGGCAUAAUCUGCUUCAGGGCUCUUAGAAAGAUAGGUUGGAGGCAUAACCCACGAAUAAAGCAGCCUCUGUCUCAUUCAAUGACAUAAAUUUUAUGCUGUGGCCAUAUUAUCCGUGAGAAUUCAGGAGGGUUAAAGCAGCCUCUGUUUCAUUCAAUGACAUAAAUUUUAUGCUGUGCCCAUUA